CAUGCGAACCUCUCGCCUGCCACCGCACAACCAACCACGCCACGCGUAGAAAUCUACGCAUGGUGUUUGCGUGUGCGCCAACGAAAUGGCUCAACCAGCUGCAAGUAAUGUUCUGUCUUCUAUGUACCUGGAAAUAAGUCGCUAUGGGAAAAGUGGCGAAUACGACCGUGCACUGAAGGUUUGCGACAAAUUGCUUCAUGACUUUCCAAUGGAAGAAAAGGCACUUCAGUGCAAAGUAGUAUCACAGAUACAGUCGGGAAAUUUCGAGGAUGCCCUCGAUACAAUCAACCAGAACUCAAAGCAUGUUGGAGAUGUUGCCUUUGAGAAGGCCUACUGUUUAUACAGACUCAAUAAAAUCAAGGAAGCAUGGAAAAUACUUGGUAAUAUUCCAAAUCCAAGCUUCAAAGUCAAGGAACUGAAGGCGCAGGUGCUCUACAGGUUAGAGAACUACCAGGAAUGUUUCGAUGUAUACCGAGACCUCAUCAAGAACUCCGAGGACGAGUAUGAGGAAGAAAGGGAGACCAACCUAGCUGCCGUCAUUGCCUGUUUAACUGCUGAGACGAAACAAGAGGCCAAAGGGGCUCCCAAGUUGCGCGACAACACGUACGAGCUGUGCUACAACCAGGCCUGCAUCUUACUCAGUCUCUCAUGCUAUGCAGAUGCACUGCAGAAGCUGCAUCAGGCUGAAGAUCUCUGCAAAAAAACUCUGGAGGAGGACGACGUUCCUGAGGAUGAAAUUGAGGAAGAGUUAGCAAUCGUGAGGACACAGUUGGGUUUCACAAAACAGAAGUUGGGCCUUCCUGAACAGGCAAUGAAGCUCUACAACCUUGUGCUCAAACAGAGGCCCUCUGAUAAUGCCAUUGCAGCAGUGGCAGCAAACAAUAUUGUCACCUUGAACAAGGACCAGAACGUAUUUGACUCCAAGAAGAAAAUGAAAAUUGCAGUGGCAGAAGGCCUGGACAGCAAGCUGACGACGCAGCAGAGGCGGGCGAUUGCCAUCAACCAGUGCCUGCUGCUGUACCACACAGGACAGCCCGAACAGUGCCUGAAAGCCGUGGGGACAUUGGAACACCAUUUCCACCAGGCAAUCGACGUGGCCACGCUUCUCCGUGCUGCAGCACUUUACUGCAAGGAUAAGCAGUUAGAGCCAGCCAUACAGGUGCUACAGGAUUACUUUGCAAAGCAUCCAAAUACUUCCCUCAGCAUUCCCUUCACACUCGCUCAGUUGCUAUUAGUACAAGGCCAUGUGAGCAAGUGCUGCCAGUUACUCAAAUCGCUUGGUGACGUCUCUUACAAGCCAGGCGUGGUAUCUGCUCUGGUGACCCUCUAUCAAAGCCUAGAGGAUAAAGCAUCCACAUUAGCAGUAUUCUCGGAUGCUCUCAACUGGUAUAGGAAGAACAAGCCUCAAUCGUUCGAGCUGAUAAUGAGGAUGCGUCAGAGCCAGGCUCAGUUUCACUUUGCCAACCAAGAAAUGCAAGAUGCGGCUCCAAUCCUUGAGGAACUACGGCAUUUCAAUCCGCAUGACACACGUCUAACAGCGCAACUACUUGCUGCCUACUCGGCUUUCGACCCACAGAAAGCAAAGGAACUGAGUCGCAACCUGCCGACUCUGGAAGAACAGAUGACUGAGAUUGACGUGGAUGCACUGGAGACUGCGUCAUGGACGAUGGGUGCUCGUUACGCCAAGAAAGUGGCCAAGACAGACCCUUCACCCGCUGCUCGGGCCCAGGAUGUUGUCAAGAAGAAAAAGAAGAAGAAGAAGGGUAAGCUGCCCAAGAACUACAAUCCAGACGUGGACCCCGAUCCGGAGCGUUGGCUUCCGCGCUGGGAACGUUCCACCUACAAAAAGCGAAAGGACCGUCGUGGAGCUCCUGGAGGAGUUGGAAAAGGCACUCAGGGAGCUGUAGGAGCAUCCUCUGAAGGGGAUUCAACCCAAAAGGCAACCCCAGUGGCAAGCCCUGCUCCUCCAUCCCCACAAGGCCCUCGCCAGCAGAGGCCACUGCCUGCCCAAAAGAAGAAGCAAAAAAAGAAAGGAGGUCGUUGGUGAACAUCUCAUGUUAGAAGUAUUGUUAUAAAACUACAUUUUGCUUCA